AUGCAACUCGCGCGAGAAACUUCCCGCGUCAGUUAUUAUAGGGAAGCGUCUGGAUCAGACGAGAGAGAGACGAUGGAGGCGAACAACGCAAUAAAAAACAAGAAAGACGCCUUAAGAAGAACGGCCGGUUCAGAACACAAAAUCGAUUCCGUUGUUCUUCGUCAUCGAUCUCCGCUGCGAUCUCUCUCUCCCUCAAACUCCCUUAUCUUGUCGAUUAAUUUCACUCAAAUCAUGUUGACUGAAACUCCAUUUAGGCCGAGAGAGAAGCUUCUGGAGAAGCAGAGAUUGUUCCAGAGCAUCCAGAAGCACACUCACCUUAAAGGACCAAUGGACAAAAUCACCACCGUUGCAAUUCCUCUUGCCUUGGCUGCAAGUUCUCUCUACAUGAUUGGAACAGGAAUCUACAACAUGGCUAACGGAAUCGGGAAAAAGGAAUAA